AUGCUGGAGCACUCAUGUCAAAAAUACUCAGCAAGAAAAGGAAAAACGCAGACGUCUAACGAUGACAAACUGGGGUUGGUGGUGUUCGGAGGCACGGGUGUGGGUGGGUACCCUCUGCUUCUCCAGAUUUGCACAAAUGAAAAGAUUAUACGCCUCACGAGCAUGGAACAAAAGGGAAAUCAGUCGACCGUGAGAGAGCGGUUCAGAGACGCCGUUGCUCUGUUCCGUGAGCUAGACGAGUCUGCCGAAAGACAGGACCAGGAGUCUUUCCAACGCAAGCUAGCGUCUUUACUAAAAGAGUUCGACACCAUUCAGUCGCUUGUCAACAGUUUGGCUUUAUUCAGCGACAAUGAGAAGUUGAAGGAGGUUUCCACUUCGUAUUUGCCGUUUGCCACCGUGCCAUACUACUUGGCGUGUCUCUACAUGAAGCUUUUGGCAGACAUACUGCUGGGAUUUGCAUUCGACAAGAGCGAUCUCCUCAAGCACAAGCUGAACAAUUUGCAGAGGGCCAAAGUUCACACUGCUCUUUUCUUGCACCAGCUUGAAGCCUUUGGCGGGGUGCUUACGGAGGAACAAACAAAGAGAAUAGAUUCAUUCGCUAAUAGCUACAAUCCUUCCAUCGAAGAGAUUACUGCACUGGGAAAUGCCGUUACGCAAAGGGCAGAGAAGAUUGCCAAUUUCAAGAAAGAAAGAGAGCUUCAACAGAAACUCCUGAUCUUGGACCAGUAUUACAAGACUUCGAAGAAUGAGCAUGAUGAUGAAGAUAUAUUAAGGGCCUUAGAUGAAGAUGUUGUGAGGGCCGUUUAUAUCGACCAACUAAAGCUCUUCAGUUUAUACUCGUUCAAAAACCUAGAGCUGAUUGCCAUGGAGUUGCAAGUGCUCCUGAAUAGGCCUGCUUUCGAAAAGACUGCUAAACAGGACAAAGCAGAAAGGCCACAAGAAAAGGACGACGACUUUGGGUACACCACCAGAGUUGAAAGCAACCCAAACAGAAAGAAAAAAAUCUCAGAGCUCAUUUCGGCACAGGGAAAAAUCCUUCAGCCGUUCACUAUCACAAGCGAUAAACAGGAGCUCCGGAAGAAAGUUUUCGGAACAGGACAAGUGUUACCUUCUAUGUCAGUUGAAGAGUACUUGGAUUACGAGUUAGCAAAUGGAAAAAUGCUAAAGCCGGAAAGCAACGACAACGCAUAUCAAAGCAGCGAUGAGGACGACAGCGACGAAGAAAUCAGAAAACGGGAAUGGGAUGAUUGGAAGGACGACAAUCCAAAAGGAAGCGGAAACAUGAAGGCCAAUAUUGGCUGA